ACUGCGCACAGUGACUGAGGCGCCGCCGAACCCCCGGAGGGAAUGUCUUCCUACACGUGCAUCACAUGCCGCGUGGCAUUUGCUGAUGCUGAGAUUCAGAGAUCCCACUACAAAACUGACUGGCACAGGUACAACCUGAAGCGCAAAGUGGCUGACAUGUCUCCUGUCACAGCCGAGAAUUUCCAGGAACGAGUGCUGGCUCAGAGAGCAGCAGUGGAGGAACAGAACAAGGGCACGGCCACAGACUGCGUAGCUUGUGGCAAGAAAUUUGCCACAUUCAAUGCCUACGAGAACCACCUGAAAUCCAAGAAGCACCACGAUGCGGAGAAGAAGACGGUGAAUAUUGCCAAUAAAGAGUUGGAGAGGCUGAAUGCCAAAAACGCAGAGAAGGGAGUAAGUGAGAAUAACGUCGACAAAGAUGCAGUGAAUACAGCCAUUCAGCAGGCACUGAAGGCCCAGCAAUCUCCGUCUGCAAGGAAGAGGAUCAGUUCCACUGACCAACAGCAGAGGGAGGGCACGAAAAGGGCUGACAAGCCACCAAGGUUGAUCUGGUUAGAACAGCAGGCAAAGAAACUAGAAGAGGGCCAGUCGUCUGAUGAGGAGAUGAUGGUGGAUGAGGAGGGGGGAGAUGAGGAUGGUUGGGAAGAUAUAGACUCGGAUAAUGAGCAAGAGGAAGGCUUGAAGAGCGAAGAGGGGAGUCGGGCUAGUAAACGUCCGAGAGAGGAUACCGCACCUGGUGCGCUUCCAGUCACAGACUGUCUUUUCUGUGCACACCAUUCCCAUUCCCUCUCGAAAAACAUGAAACAUAUGAUGGAGAUUCAUGGCUUUUUCAUCCCUGACAUUGAAUAUCUAGUGGAUCUGAAGGGGCUGAUCAAUUACCUGGGAGAGAAGGUUGGCGUGGGAAACGUCUGUCUUUGGUGCAAUGAGAAAGGUCGAUCUUUUUACUCUACAGAGGCUGUGCAGGAUCACAUGGUUGACCUCAGUCACUGUAAACUCUUCACUGAGGGAGAUGCUGCUCUUGAGUUUGCAGACUUCUAUGACUUCAGACAAAGUUACCCUGACCACAAAGAAGAUGACGAGAUGGAAAUUCCAGGAUUGCUAACCAAGGGUGUGGAAUAUGAUGAGGACACGAUGGAGCUUCUGCUUCCUUCUGGUGCGAGAAUUGGUCAUCGGUCGCUAUUGAGAUACUACAAGCAGAGUUUUGGUGUGUCUAAGGCCGUGGCUGUUGCCGGCACUAAUCGUGCGUUGGGUAGGAUGUUGCAGCAGUACAAGGCACUAGGAUGGACCGGUGAACUUGCAAAAGCAGCGUCUCAGAGGAAAGAGCGUGACAUGCAGUAUGUGCAGAGAAUGAAAUCCAAGUGGGUGCUGAAAAUGGGAAUGUCUAACAAUUCCAUCAAGCAGAAGCACUUUAGGGCUCAAGUCCAAUUUUAAAACAGCUGAGGUUUCGGGGAGGGAAGCAGCUACUGAAGAUAACAGAAACAGAUACAAGUCUGCUCGUUGCUGUUUCUGCACGGUUACUGAGUUUAACUUCCAGGAUUGUAAAGCAUUGCAAUUAAAUUGUUUGGAACAUUCCCUUGAUAUACUGGCAGUGCACCACUCUGCUUACACACUGAGCCAAUGAUGUUUCAUUUCGCCUUUUAUUUAGGUAAAGUGAAGGUUAUUAAUCUUUGAGUGCCGACAGCCAUAUGGUCACUUCCCUCUGAGUGUUCAUUCCAGUUCCAGUAAUAAGGCUACUUGAUUAAUCUUCUUUAUAAAAAGAAGUAAAUAUGAAUUACACCAAUUAAAGAAAAAAUAAAAUGUUAAUUG